AUGUAUAAUCCAUAUCAGCAACAACAGACUGGAUUUAAUAACCAACAGCAGCAAACAGGCUUCGCUGGCGGUUAUCCUAAUCAACAACAAUUUGGUCAACCUCAACAACCAGGGUUCUAUCCACAACCCCAAUUGCAAAACCAAGCAACUGGAUUCUAUCCUCAACAGUUCCAACAGCAACAUGGUUUAUCAGCACCAAAUCUUGGCCAACAACCUUUACAAUCCCAAGCAACCGGAUUUGUUCAACCACAGGCUACUGGAUUUAUCCAGCCACAAGCUACCGGAUUCAUACAACCACAGAAGACUGGAUUUUCUCAAGCAGUUUCAAAUGUUUCAGAAAAUAAUGAUUUGAAGAUACCCAGUAUAAGAUUAUCCUUUAUCACCGUUGCUGAUCAAACUAAAUUCGAACACUUAUUCAGAACUGCGGUACCGAAAGGUGAACAGGCAAUUAACGGUGAUACUGCUCGUGAUAUUUUGCUUAGAUCAGGUUUGCAACCAGUUACUUUGGCCGAAAUUUGGUCGUUGGCAGAUACUAAUAAAUCCGGAUCAUUGUUAUUUCCCGAAUUUGCUUUAGCACUUCACUUGUGUAAUUUAUCUUUGAAAGGUGAUAGUCUCCCUGCAGUAUUACCAGAGAAAUGGCGUAAUGAAGUCCAAAGUUUUGUUGAUGCCAUAAGCUUUUCUGUUCCUGAGGACCCUUCCAAGGUUUUGGCAAAUACUCCUUUUUCAUCUUUUAGUCAGUCGUUGGCUCCUCAGACAACUGGAUUUAACCCUCCAGCUCCGCCAACAACUUCUUUCACUGCUCAACCAACUGGUGGGGCAUUCCAACCAGUGCAAACCGGAUUUAAUAAUUUUGCUAACCAACAACCACCAGCUCCUUUAAAUUCUCAAAGAACAGGUGGUGGCUCGCUUAUUCCUUUGCAACCACAGCAGACUGCUGGCUUGAUCCCAACUCAGAAAACUGGUCCUCUUCAAGCCCAAACUACGGGGUUUCAAAACCAAUUACCUGCCCAAAAGACAGGAUUCCAGCCACAAGCUACAGGGCUUCAACCGCAAACUACUGGAUUCCAACCACAAGCUACAGGAUUCCAACCCCAAGCUACAGGGGUUCAACCCCAAGCUACUGGGUUUCAACCCCAAGCUACUGGGUUCCAACCACAAGCUACUGGGUUCCAACCUCAGCAAACAGGUGGAUACCUUCAAUCCCAACCCACGGGAAAACCCGGCCAGUGGGGUUUCGUAUCUACUCCGACUGGUGGAAUUCCUGGAUUAAAUGCUAUGCAAGAACACUUUUUACCUUCUUCUCAAUUACCAAGUAACAACUUACAGAAUGUCAUGGGUGGUAGUUUGAAAACUAACGUUACUUGGGCAAUCACCAAACAAGAAAAACAAAUUUACGAUGGUAUUUUUAGUGCUUGGGAUAAAUCCAGAAAAGGAUUUAUAGACGGUGAUGUUGCAAUUAGCAUUUUCGGAAAAUCUGGAUUAGGAAGACCAGACUUAGAAUCUAUAUGGAAUCUUGUCGAUUCUAACAAUAGAGGUAAAUUGAAUAAAGAUGAAUUUGCCGUUGUAAUGCACCUUGUCUAUAGAAGACUAAAUGGCUUUGAGUUGCCUUUAAGAUUACCUCCAGAAUUGAUCCCCCCAUCAACAAAAUAUCUUCAAGAUUCUAUGGAUUCUUUGAAGAAUUCCUUAAAAGGAGGUGGAGCAGUUAAACCUGCAAAGCCUGCUCCAUUAAAAGCUAAAACAGAUGGGUCGAGAUUUAAAAACAAUGACGAAGAUGUUGGAUAUGUCUCCAGUUCACGUCACAGAAGAAGAAGUAACGCUGCUGAGAAUGACCAACAAAAGAGUAGUGUCAAAUCUUCACGCGAUAAUGAUUUAACUAUUGAUGAUUUAAAAAAAUUAAUCCGUGAAAAACAAAUUCUUUUGGAUGCAUUAGAUGCUGAAGAUCAAGAUUCGUUGAAUGCCAAUAAGAGUCUAGACGAAAAGAACUACAGAGACAUUGAAUUCCUCAAAUCGCAAAUCAAAAAUGUGCAAAUGUCAUUAAAUGAUUCAUCAGCUACAAGGGGUUCUUUCGAUGAAAAGAAGCAAUUAUUAGAUAAAUUAAAUUAUUUAACCCGCGACAGAGUCCCUGGCUUAAUUUCAAAGAUUCACGCUGUAAAUAAGGAUAUUGCUAAACAAAAAGUCGAACUUUAUAAGUUGAGAUUGUCAAAAGAAAAUCCAGAUUGGUCUCCAGACAGUGGUGAGUCAGGAAUUGUUGGUACUGGUCCAAAUGGUGAAGUGACUGACUACGAUAGAAAGAAAUUCAAGUCUAAGCAACUAUUGAAACAACGUAUGGCUGCUUUAACCGGCAAAUCAGCCAGUUCUGGCUCCAACAAAGAUUUAGACUCUAAAUUACAACAAGAGAGCGAACAAGCCCAGAAAGAGAGAGAAAAUCAAUCCAACAUGAUCAACGAUAUUGAAGGUAGUAUCAGAGAACUUGAAGAUGGCGCUGCAGCAUUUUUGCAUGUUAGUACCAAGGAUGAAGUUGGAUCCAACAAAUGGGAAAAUGGAACAGAUGUUUCAUCUCAUGUUGCCGCCUUUAUUAGAGAUUUGAAGUCAAUGGUACCCCCACAAUCAUCGUACAAUGGACUGGAUGUCUCGAGGCAAGGGCAACCUCAAUCUUUAGAUCAAAACUAUCCUAGUGCAAGUGUCCAAAAUAAUAGAUCCUUGGAAUCGACUCCUCAAUCGACUGGUCAAAAUUCAUCUUCUUCAUCGCUCAACAACCAUUCAAGCCCCGAGGACAGAGCUGCAUAUAUCAAAGCUCAAGCUGAAAAAAGAAUGCAAGAUAGAUUGGCAAAAUUAGGUAUUAGUAGACCACAUAGAGGUAGUCCUUCCGGAUCUUCUCAUCGUGUCAACCAGUUUCCUUCCUCACCCAGCCAGGAUGAGCCACCUAAACAAGAGCCACCUAAACAAGAGCCACCUAAACAAGAGCCACCUAAGCAAGAGCCACCUAAACUAGAAGAACCUAAGCCGAUCUCUUCCGAUGCUGCAUCCGUUCCAGCUGCUGCACCACCAUCAGCUACGCAAGAGUCAUCCGAUGAUGAAGAUGAGGAGUAUGUUGCUUUAAUGAAACAAAAACAAGAAAUGGAAACUCGUGAAAAUGAACGCAAAUUGAAGAAGAAACAAGAAAAGGAAGCUCGUUUAGCAAAGUUGAAGAAAGAAAUGGAGGAAAUGAAAAAGAGAGAACAAAAACCUGAUAGCGAUGACGACUGGGACGAUGCUACUGUUCCUCAGGCCCAGACUUACAAGCCAACUUCUCAAAAAUCAUCAUCUGCUGCUCCUACACCUGUAACUGAAGACAAAGCGGCUCCUGUAAGUGCUGACCAAGCCCCAGUCCUGAAUAACAACCUGGUUCAACAGCCUCAUAGUAGUAACCCAUUUGCUAAGAUGCAACCCCCUAAUGAACAGAAUGGAGCUGAUAGUGGUGCAAGCUCACGCUCUAAUACUAACCCCUUUUUCAAAUCUGCUCCAAAAGAAGCAAGUAUUGACCCUAAAAAAGCAGAAGCACAAAGGGCUUCUCAAAGAGGUUUAGAUGAUAAUGACUGGAGUGAUGAUGAUGAAAAUUCUUCUGACGAUGAGGGCCCCAAUAGAGCUGGUGCAGCAAAACUAGCUAGCUUGUUAUUUGGUGGUAUGUCUCAACCUCCUGCUAGAACUGAUUCAAAACCAGAAGUAGCUCCUUCAGUUGAAAAAAAUCAAACCCCUCCUCCUCCAACUGCUGCAAAUGACGAUUUUGAUGAAGACUCCGAUGACCAGUUCGCCACUCCACCAACUUUGUCAAGCCAAGUGCCACCUAAUGAUUUGAUUGCACCACCGGUACCACCAGAGGCACCACCAAUUCCUUCAGAGGCACCACCAAUUCCUUCAGAGGCACCACCAAUUCCUUCAGAGGCACCACCAAUUCCUUCAGAAGCACCACCAAUUCCUUCAGAAGCGCCACCGAUUCCUUCAAGUAUUCCGCCACCUCCUCCACCACCUCCUGCCAGCUUUGGUGCACCACCUCCGGCACCCCCAAGUGCACCAUCCGGUGCACCACCAGCACCACCUCCACCUCCACCAGCACUCCCUUCUCAACCAUCGAGUAGUGGACCACCUUUGGGAGGAGCACCUGAUAUUGGAGCUUUGUUGGGCCAAAUUCAAGGUGGUAAAUCCUUAAAGAAAGUGGAUGAAAACCAAAAACAUAUAGCUGAUGGUGCUACUGUUGGAAGAGUACUUUAA